AUGAGAGAACACCUUGGCAAAGAAGCCAUAAGAAAGGGAACAUUUAUAAAGGGUGAUAUUUUUUCCGGACUGAACGAUGGACUGAUAAGUAGGGCAGAGGCGCUGGCCGCCGUUGAUAUUAAACAUCAGACCAGCGGGGGACCAGGAGGACUACCUCAACUAAAACACGACAUGAUGUACCACCACAGUAUGGGGGCGCCACCUGUAUCAAGGCCUCACCAGAUGAGCCACAUGGACGGACUGGAAAUGCUCGACCCCAUCUCCUCGUCUUCGAUGACCACACUCACCCCGAUGUCGGACACCCCCUCGCACAUGCACGCCUACGGCAUGAACCACGUGAUGAACCAUCACCAUCACGGCGGUCCGCUGUCGGGCCACAGCGCCCCGGGGCACCACUCGGGUCACCACAGCGGCCAUCCGGGCGCCCACCAUCCGGCGAUGGCGGCGGCUGCGGCGGCGGCCGCCGUAGCGGGUCUCCAUCCCGACGCCGAUACCGAUCCCAGGGAACUGGAGGCGUUUGCUGAGAGGUUCAAGCAGCGCCGAAUAAAGCUCGGAGUGACGCAGGCGGACGUCGGAAAAGCGCUGGCGAACCUGAAGCUUCCGGGCGUCGGGGCGCUCUCGCAAUCCACGAUCUGCCGCUUCGAGUCACUCACACUCUCGCACAACAACAUGAUCGCCUUGAAGCCCAUCCUGCAGGCCUGGCUCGAGGAGGCCGAAGCCCAGGCGAAAAACAAGCGACGAGACCCGGACGCGCCCAGCGUGCUCCCGGCCGGCGAGAAGAAGCGGAAGCGGACGUCGAUCGCGGCUCCGGAAAAGCGCAGUUUGGAGGCGUACUUCGCCGUGCAACCGAGGCCGUCCGGCGAGAAAAUUGCCGCGAUCGCUGAAAAGUUGGACCUGAAAAAGAACGUGGUGCGCGUUUGGUUCUGCAAUCAGCGGCAGAAACAGAAGCGCAUGAAGUUCGCUGCGCAGCACUGACCAGACGUCAAUUUCGGGUUUCCAUAAGAUUAUUAGGUAUUUACUUUAGUUGUUUUUUAGACCGAUGCGGAAUGAAGGUAUCAUGAGACAUUUUUUUUAAACGGUUAAAUAGUAAACUUUUUGUGUUAAAAUAUUUA